AUGAAGUUCCUACAUGAUGCUUACUCAUUUUUAGGAACACUCGAAGCUUCUCUUGAGCAAGGAGUGGAUGGUCAAAACCGACACCGUCAGGUCCACACCUUAUCUGCUGUUCAUUCCCUGGGUGCCAUCUCAGAUUUCACAUUCGAUAUCGUAGAAUCGAACUAUGCAGCCGUCGAUAAGGUUGGUCGGACUGCAAGGCGAACAGUCGAUACCCACAUCAAGAAUGCGCUCUCCAAACCCCGCGUAGCUACAACACUUCGACGGAUGACCGCAAUGUUUAAUUUUGUUCCUGAUCUUCCACCUGUCACCUCUGUCGUUGAUACUCCGGAUCUUACAUCAAAAGGGCUGGACAACGGUAUUUCGAUCGAGAAAUCUCCCCCCAAAGCACAGCGGGUUUCCCCACCCCCUGCGUCUCUACCUAUUGCCUCAACAUCACGCGACCGCGAUCAGGUCAAAGUUCAACCGGUACACCCAGAUUCUGCAACGGAGUCCGAGGCGGAAGAAGAGCCGGUUCAUAUCAACAAGCCAAAGGAAUCAUCCCCAUUUGCAAGUCAGGGAGCUGCAGCGAUGCCCACUGGCCAAGCCUUUUCAAAGUCCUCAUCUGUAUUUUCGCCGACACCAGUGACAAAGGGAGAGACAUCCAAUUCCGACUCAGAGCCUCCCCAGCCAAUGAAACAAAGUAAAAAACCUCGAAUAGCUUCUUCAAGUGAUGAUGACAGCGAUAGCAAGGCGCGAGUGGCUCAGAAAAGGAGUGGGUCCGGAGCGGGGGGGAUAAAGCGCGGAACUAAACAGCCAAUCAAGCGUGGAGGCAAGCGAUUCUAG